CAGUUAUACAUUUUAUUCUCUAAUAGGUACAAUACUAAAAUAAACACAAAUUAAAAAAAAGUUUUAUUGAAACAAAACUGUACAAAAAAGCAGUAUACUACAUUUUAAUUACAGAACAGUCUACUGUCCAAAAGGCACUAAUCCAGAAUAGGAGAUACAAGGAUACAGGACUCGUUGGAACUAUUUUAAUCAAUACAAGAGAGCGCUUGUUUCUCGGACCAUGUACAUCCAGAAACAAGGGCUGUUUGCUACAGUCAUCACACAUUGUUAUAAAUAUGAGUCCCACAGGCGAAGGUGCAGUAUCGCUCUCCCUAGAGAAGGUUCACAUCGGGGUUGGGGCGGGGGACGCUGGCUGGUGGGAGCACGCUGAGAGGUGGGCGGGAGCAGGGGGCAGGCCCAGGCCUGGGGCUUCUGCCGGGGGAAGGCCGGCUGUCCGGGGCACGCAGCCAGUCUGAUGCUCAUUUCCGGCUGCUGCUGGCAGCUGCACUACUGCCUUUUGUGUGUUAGCACCGGGAAGGUGGGUUCUGAGACCCUCCAGGGAGCUGGGGCUGGAGGCCUGGGGGAUGAAGCGCCAGCAGCUCGGCAGAGGGGAGGCAUUUUGUAACCUGAUCUGAAAAAGGCGGCAACUAGGUGGAAGAGGGGCCAGAGCCCAGGGAGCCAGGCUGGCUUUCUGGGAGACCUUCUGGCCCUCGUGCGCCCCCCUCCCGGUGGGGAGUCUGCCUUAGCGCUGACAGUCUUGUUUUGGAAGCUGACUUCUAGAAAGGGGAGUUCUGGUUCCCUUAGUCCCACCUCAGGGCCUCCAGUGGCACCCGGGCAACCUGGGCCACUGCCCCAAGUCCGGUGCCCAGGACGGCUCUUUCCACCCCAGGUUUCAUUCUCUAGAGGACACUGGCCCUAAGGAAGAGAGAUACUGCAGAUUUCCAAACAGUGUCAUACACGUGAGACAAAGACAGGCAUCUGAUGUCAACAAAAGUAAGUAACAAAGAAACAGGAUUAAACCGAAUCUCUUCUCACAGCAUCCUAUACUACAUCCUCCUUCUGCUUAGCAGAAAAUUGUACGUACACAAAAAUACAAAUACACAGUUUUGUAGAACAGUCUGAUUUUAAUAUAUUUAUAUAUAUUUAUAUUUAUACGAGUGGCAGGUUAGUUCAUUAUAUAGAGCUUUUUGCACUUUUGGCUCAUAUGCAACAAGGCUUAUAAAUUCAGCUUUAGCUUUCAUUCAGGUUUUAUAGCUUUUGAACAAUUGUUUUCACAUUUAAAGCAGCAUCCAAUUUGCACUAGGAGUUUGUGGUGACAGAGGAAGAGAUGGGGUCAGGAGGGUAACUGACGAAGGCGGGCCGGGGCCGGGGCAGAUAUACAUUCCAGUGUGUGUGGCGACGCUGGAAGGACUGCUGUGGGACAGAGCUGACCAUGACGACCCCUUGAGGUAGACUGAACACCUUACAGCAGACUCGAGACACAGGUGCGACUCCCCCCAGGGACGCAUGGCGCACAGACGGGGACAGAGACCCAGAGACGGCAGAGGGAGACACAGACUAAGACGUGGCGGUGGGGGCAGAGGGGUGGCGCGCCCCGCAACACCCGCCCCCGCCCGGGCACAGGUACUCGACUAUUUGGUGGACGCUAAAUGCUUUCGGGCAGUCCCGAGGCAUCUGAUCAAAUGACCAUCGUCAACUCACUUUCCACUUUAGAGUUCGCUGCACUAGUUAGCUCCCAUCCCCGCAACGAGUGCCCAGAAGACGGAGCAAACCAUCACCCAGUGCCCGGCGGCCCGGAGCCCACACCCAGGUGAGCUGAGAGAAACCAGCCUCUCCCCCCAAUUCAGCCUCGCCACAGCUACAACCCAGGGAGCCGCCUGGCGCUGGUGGAACCUGGACCUGGCACCUGGAGAACCAGGGGUCUGCGUGUGGCCACCCCACGGCACACUUGCCCACCCCACUGCCUCCGUCAACCCCCUCCAUGCCACCUGCUCACAGUUCCUCCGGCAAACGCCGUACGUGUUAAAUGGGAAGGCCCAGCAUGUGGGUUAUUCCACUGUCUGAACAAAAAGGCUGGAUUACUCAUGAAAAUAAAGUGCCUGGGUAUGGACUGUUCCAUUCUGUAAAACCUUGGAGCGCACCAGCCCCCAUUCGAGCACAGCUCAGUGCCUUGGUGCCAACAGCGCGGUCCCAGGAGAACCCUCGUCUACCUGCCACGUGGCCAAGGCCCCGAAUUCAGGUCAGACUCCAUGUACUUUAAAAGAGAAGCAAACGAAUAUUCUCACACUCAUCUUCAAAGGCGCACUUCUGAUCUCAUUUCCCCCUACUGAUGACGGCUUUCCUCAGCCCUUGUGGGCAGACACAUAGAUCCCACAGACUGAAGAACAGGAUGAGCCAGGCAGCCAGGGUUCCCGUGACCGGCAGGUGGGUCAUCCUGGUCUUAACUCUGGAUUCUUUGCCCUCGGGCUGGAGGCACCUGCGGCGGCUGCCCCACGUCCACUUUGCUCACUCGCCAGCUAAGCAGGCGCCUUCAGUCUGUGAUCAUGACCGCAGCGGUGCAGCCAAGAGUGACACAGCCAGCCUCGAAUGCCGUGCCCCGCGCUCCCCUUGGGAGUUGUCCUGCCUGUGGAGCCCGGGGGCCCUGGCGGGGGUCAGCUGCCACAGACCCCCAGGGGCCCAGUGCAGGGUCAGGGAGGGAGGGGCAGGGCACAGGCCGACCCUCUGGCAGGGCCCAGAGGUCUGCACCUUGUGCAGGCACUUAAAAAACAAAGAGAAACUGGUCCUCGGAAGGUACCGCGUACCCAGAGCGACCGUGGCCGUGGGAGGGAGGGGAGCCCAGGGGGUCAGAGAAGGCUGUGGGCUCUUCCUGGGAGGCGGCGAGGAUGUCCUUGGCAUCUUCUGGUGGGGACAGUGGGUGAACCCAAGGCGGGGAGAACACACGCAGGGGCGGCCAGGGGGCCAGGGGCCAGGGGCAGGCGUGGGCUGCACAGACUGGCCUUCUAUGACCAGUGUGAGAAAAACCAUUAGGAAGAGGAGGCCAGUGCGCCAUCGAGAGCAGCCUUACCAGAGCGCCCACCACCCCCAGGAGCUUUGGUUUUGUGGUGCCUGUUUUCAGAGAUGUGCGAUUAAGGGGUUCACUGACUAGCAAUACUGAGGCGUGUUUCUCAAGGCAGAUGACGGCUACCACUCCUGCUCCUGAAAGCAGUGCAUGCCCGAGCUCUCUCACCUCCGUUCAGUCCAUCGCUGAGCAAGUCCAUGCACUGCCCGCCUCCCAUGGACCUGGCGUUAAAAACUAGAGACUUCAGGGUGAUGCCGCUAGAUGGGCCGCUGUUUACAUUAACACAGCACUAAUGUUCUAUUUCCAGUUUAACUGCUUCAAUGAAUGAUGAAUUGGAAAAAUCACCCUCACCACUUUUCGCAGGGCUCAUGGUUCCAGUAAAGCAGGUGUCCGUGCUCCACGGAAGCCUGACUGACGUCAGACCCGACCUGGAAGCGCCGGGACGUUAGGAAGGACCCCGCGUGCUGUGGCCAGCUCAGCGUGCACGCCGGUGAGUCAUACUCGCCUUCCUUGGGGAGGGUCCACGUCUCCCUUUUCACUGCCCCCCCCACCCCCCGAGAUGUCAAGUCAUGACCAGUACCUUCUUCCCUUCACUCUAAGGGUGGGUUAACUUGGUGGGGAGUCACGACCCAGCUAGUGAAACAAGGUGCCAAUCACAGGGGCCACCGAGCCCUCUUGUCAACCUGGAGACCCUCUCCCAGGGCCACUCCCAAUGAGGCAUUGCUCCUGGCGUGGUUUCUACUCUCGGGGGCUUCAAUAAUGCAUGAGAGUGCUAGUAGCUCAGUCAUGUCCGACUCUGUGCGACCCCAUGGACUGUGCCCACCAAGCUCCUCUAUCCAUGGGAUUCUCCAAGCAAGAAUACUGAAGUGGGUUGCUAUUUCCUUCUCCAGGGGAUCUUUCCCGACCCAGGGAUUGAACCUAUGUCUCUCACAUCUCCUGAGGAUGGGACUAAGCGGUUGGAAGUGAGAGAGGUGACAGAGCUGGCCCCUGGAGAACCAUCCACUUUUGGAGGCAAAGAGCUGGAGCAGAGGGGAGGGAGGGACAUGAAUUUUAGUCAAGUUGAAGUCCUCAGGUCACCUUAAAGCCCAGGUCCCUGACAACAGUUACUGAGGUACACACGAGCAUCCAGGCAGCUGCCCCCUGGGCUGAACCAUGGUUAUCAGAAAGCUCUGGUUGCCGGAGAGCCCACGGCGGAGCAGACACUGACCCAGCACUGGCCCAGCCCCACUACCUCUUGUGACUAUGAUGGAGGGCACAGCAGAGUUGGAAUGGCUUAGCGAAACUCCCAAACACAGGCACUGAAGAGAUGCUCAAAUAGAGAACAGAAGAGUGACCUUUGAUACUCUCUGCCUCCACAAAGUGCAGCUACACCCGAGAGCUGGGACAUUCAGGUCCCCCCCCAGAACUCAGAGACAGAGCCAAGACCUAGGAAAGGGCAAGACCUUCACAUUCGCCUCCUAGAGGAGGAGAUGGGACAGCAGACUUGAAACGAGGGCUCAGGUCACAGGUGCCAAAUGUCACUGUGUGCCCGUCACCACGAGUGGCAGAGGAGAGGUGCCAAGGAGAACCAAGGAGAAGGGGUGACCUGGUAUCCAGAUCAUCAUGGUAACACUGGCCCCGUGUUGGCAAAGAAAUGAUGGCAACAGAGGGGACCAGCCUGCACUGCCCGCGAGAGAGGAGCAGGUGGAGUAGAGAGACUUCACUCAGCAAGGCCAGGUGGACAUCCUGCUACGUUCCUACUAAAGUGAAAGCAGCACCUAGGGAUUUUGCUUGACUCCACGCGGGCGGUACUACUUCAAGAAUAAACAAGACAGUGAACACUCAGCACGGCGCCAGGCACCUGGGACAGGACAGGCUAGCGCAUGUCAGCAGCUACUGCGCACUUCAGAUGCUCGGGCGGCCUGAGCAUUUAUGACAGUUUAGGAUGGUGGCUUGUACUCUGGUCACUUCUGGUGUUUUAUUCCCAAAAAAUACAUAUUCAGGGAUAAGCACUAUCUAUAUUUUCACUGAUUUUGGUAAGUUGGCUUUACUUUCUUUUUAGUAGGGGCUGUGGUGGUGAAGGGUUUCCUGAAUCACCAGAAUGGCUUCUAGAAGCAUCUGGGGAGGGAAAUGUCUCACCAGCUCCAGUUCUCUUUUAAGUAGACCCAUCCUUUAAGCAGCACAUCUAAGACUUUGAUCCCUAAAAUAGUAAGACUGUGCUGGAAGGGUUUAACUGCAGUGAUAGUUCUGUUUUCUUUGAAUGUAAGCACAUAAUCAGAAUGUUCUGCUCGCUGGCUGAAUGCGUGGCUCACAAAUCACAGACUCAGCUGGUCAGUUUUCUGAAUCGCUAAUCUUAAAACGGAUUCUCUGUUCUAAUGGAGACACUUAUCUUUUAGCAGUUGGGAAGACAAGAUGUGAUACUCUGGCCUUCAUGAACCCACAACCAUUCCAACCGUCAGAAGACUGGCAGGGAUCCCCAGAGAGGCUCCAUGGCUGUGCAUGGAUGGGGAAGCAAGGGCCAGUUGCCUCUGACCCUGUAGAAGCAGCGGCUCUGAGGAAGAGCCUCUCCUGGCAUUGUCUUCCCUGACUGCUGUACACUGGACCGUAAGUGUUUUGAGGGGGAAAUAAAAAGAACCCAAGGCAGCAACUAUCCUGAUUGUGUGCGUCUGUGUUUGGGGAUGAAGGGGGAGGACGGUUAUGAAGCAGCAGCCUACCUCAGCACGUUCAUGGAACUGACAUUUAAUGUUUGGAGUAGGAGUCCCUCUGCUAUGUGGAGGGGGCAAGGCUGCUGCACUGCACGAGGGUCAGCAGCAAAGUGUGAACAAAAACAAGAGCUGUAUUUUCUCUAGGGUGGCUGCUGCCCCGCCCUGGAGUGUCCAGGCCUGAAGAAGAAAGGGCUUAGGGGCCAGGCUCACCAGCGCAGUCAGGAGCCUCAGGUGCAGCGGCUUGUGAGGGGAACCUGGCACUCUGCUCGAGCUGGUAUUCACGUAGACUCACUCUGCAUCAUACAACUGAAGUGAUGGGGAAACCAAAGGAGGCCUGUUGCAGAGAGCAAGGCGGCGGCUCCCGUCCAGCCUGGGGCCUCCAGGUGAGAAUGCGGGCUCUGUGGGCAGGAAGCCAGGUACGGUGUCAAGACCCCAUGGUGUUCAAAGGGACGAGGUGGGAGGGAGGGAACAUGGAUGGGGAAGGGCCGGGGGACAACCCCACUGACAUGGCAGUACAAGGGGGAAAAGUUUGAGAACCAGAGGCUGCUGACAUGAGGAAGCUGGGAACUGCCAGUGAUGUGAGCAGACCUGGGUGAAACUCAGACAGGUCCUACCCUGCCGGCAAUGGUGGGACACUGCAGAUACCAGCACUCCACAUCCGCAUCCGUCUUUAUGUUUUGGUUCCUUCAAGUGUGUUCAUGUCAUGUCUCCUGCCCUAGGUUAUGAAAAUCUCAUUUAGCUGAUGUGCAAGCUCUUGUCUGGAAAAACAGGUUCUGAUGGUGACAGCAAUGGAGACCUCAAGUGACCAAGGAGAAAUGGAGAAUUCUGCAGAGUCUGUUAAGCAGGAAGCCUCAGUUGCAGACAGGUGGAAUUCAAUGGCACAGAGGUCGGGGGAGGAACAACACGUUUGCCCUUCUGGAGCCCCUGCUGCUUCGUGUGAACAUCUGAGUGGCUGACUGGUAGGUGCUUCAUACGUACCAGCUAACUGAACGGCUCUCCUGUCUUGGGGUUCUACAAAGCAUUUGAGGAUUGUCAUGAUGAAGAAGUAACUUUAUAAGUGAAAUACAAUUUUAGAAGCUCAAAACCAGCCCACCAUCCUGAUCUCAAUUCAUGUUUCUUACAUGCUUUUAUUUUUCCAAUCUUGCUUUUUACUAGGUUCCCUGUAUAUUAAGACACUUUUAUUCCAAUUCUGCUAAUCGGCUGUUUCUUAGCCUCUGGGUCAUAGCCUGGUAACAGUGAAAAGGCUUAGGGUGUCACAUUUCCCCCUCUCAAGGCCUUAUAGGUAGCUUUCACCUGCACCACAGGAGUAACUGAUCAGAGAUCAUGUCUAAUUCCAGAUUCCUGCACAUUAAGAAUGGUGAGGUUUAGAAAUAAUAAUGUCAUCCUUAGUACAAUACUGAUGCUGGGAGGGAUUGGGGGCAGGAGGAGAAGGGGA